AUGUACAAUGAAGAGAAUAUUUCAACUAGUAGUUACCGUUAUUACGCUUUAAGAGAAUGUUUUGAUAUGCGGCAUUGUGGUCAACGACCACUCUAUCAACAAUUAAAAUUUUGUUUGAAAUCAGGGACAAGAAUUUUUUUAUUAAAUUUACUCUUUUUUAUAACUAUUGUUGCUGUGUGUAACGCUGCUGUGCCAACAGUAUUUUAUGUUCCUCACCAAGAUGACGAGGCAUUGGGUAUGCCACUAGGAAUCCCUGAGCAUAUCGCUGCCGGAAGACCAGUCAAGGUGAUUCUUUACAUGCCAAACAGAUCGGAUCCAGGUUUAUUGGAUAUCAUGAACGGUGUUACACAAUGUCCACUUAAUAAAUACUAUGCCUCUCGUUUCCCAGGACAUCCAGCAUAUCACAACUUUAACAUGAACCAACAACAAAUGAAUACCUACAGAAAUGAAGAGUUUUCAAGAAGUGUCGGUGCUCUUGGUUUAUCAACCUAUUCCUCAACUGGUUGGGGAGACGCUCAAGAGUCACAACUCGUUAGUCUCAUGUACAAUCUAAUCCUCAAAUAUGAGAAGAUUUAUCCAGGAACCGGUCAUAAAUGUAUUGCAGGACCAAGUUUUAUGUUAAUUAACAUUUUUAAAAUCAAAAAUAGGGAUUGUUUUCCAUGGGAUAAUCCUCCAAAACCGAUGGUUGAUCAUAUCGCUUGUUACAAGGCAGCAUUACUUUUAAAAAGUAACUAUCCAAAUGGUAUCAAUGGUUUGGGAUGGGAUUUUAGAUUCUAUGACGAUUAUAUCUGGUUUGAUCCAGUGACCAAUGAGAACACUUACUAUACCUAUACCACUCACCCAGAGCCACCAUGUCCCCAAUACACUUAUGGUGCUGGUCAGUACAUGGGCUAUAAGAUUAACUCACAGAAUGCAUACAAAGUGUACACUCCAUCCAGUAAUCGUUAUGCAUUGGGAAUGCAUUCCGUUCCAAAUCUAUUUUAUGGUUCACAAAAUGAUCCGUAUAUCUAUCUCGAAUUAUUGGAACCAGGAAACAACCCACCAUGUAAAAUUCAACCAUACAAUCAAACUCCCAGAGGUUCAUUUGCAAAAUCCAUUCAUGUUCAUGAUCAUGAUAAUUCACACGAUUUCAAUAGCACAGAGGGAUUCUAUCAUGGUGAUUUCCAAUAUGUACCAGCUGUUGAAGAAAUUGAAGAAUAUAUUGAAUUUGAAGAUGUUACUGAGCAAGCAAUCAAAAUGUUUGGUGAUGAACACUGGAAACAAUAA